UGCCGAUUGAAGAAUCGGGUUCACAGUUCUUGGUAGGACGUGAAGACACAGUCGAGUUUAGGAAUUGCUUCUGUAAUAUAAGCCUUUUUCUGUCUUUGAACCUCAGGGGAUAUCUCGCUCUCUCCUGCUGCGACUCCUGGACCCUGUUCUCUGGCUCAGGUCCAGCCUGGUCCACUCCACCCACCACCCUCCUCAGUCUCGGACCACCGGCCCCCGCCCAGCCCACUGCCAGUUAGCCCAGCAGAGCCUCUGGCCACGUCUCAAAACAACGCUUUGUACACAAACGGACAGUGGAGGGGGCCGAGCAGCUGCUUGCGGAGCACGGAGCUGAGGAAAAGGAAAGGACCGCGGGGUGGGGGGACAGAGAGCGCUCUGUCGACACGCAGCACGACCGAAAACAAAGUUAAAGACCUGUCUUUUCUGCGGCAGAGUCCACAAGUCGAUCAAGCACCAGAGACCAGCUGAGAUCCGGAGCCAUCAUGCCCCGCUGCAGUUUGAACCUCGCCACCAUGAUUUUCCUGGUGAUGCUGCAGGGGACGGUAGUGGUGCUGUUCUAUAGCUGGUAUAGCCAGCUCAGUCUCGGUCCCUGCAACUCUGCCUCCUCCAAUGGCAAAGUUCACGUUCUGCUGCUGUCGUCGUGGCGAUCAGGCUCGUCCUUCCUGGGUCAGGUGUUCAGUCAGCACCCGUCUGUCUUCUAUCUCAUGGAGCCCGCUUGGCAUCUGUGGACCAAACUAAAAAAACCCAGUGCGCGGGUGCUCCGAAUGGCCACGAGGGAUGUAUUACGGAGCGUAUUCCAGUGUGACUUUUCAGUGAUGGAUGCCUACCUGCCAGAGCAGCACAAUGUGUCCUCCUUGUUUAUGUGGAGUCACAGUCGAGCUCUGUGCUCACCACCGGCCUGUCCUCUCACGCCACGCAACCAGUUCAGUAACCAGACUCUGUGCUUUAAGAAAUGUGAUUCGAGGGGUUUAAAGCAGGUGCAGCAGGCCUGUGGCACUUACAGUCAUGUGGUAUUAAAAGAAGUACGAUUCUUUGAGCUGGAAUCCCUCUACCCGCUCUUGCAGGACCCUAGCCUAGAUCUCCGCAUCAUCCACCUGGUCCGAGACCCUCGGGCAGUGCUGCGGUCUAGAGAGGCGUCAGCCAAAGCCUUUGAGAAUGAUAACGCCAUCGUCUUGGACCAGAGAAACGUACCAGCAGCCGAGGUGCAGUAUCAAGUCAUGCAGGAGAUCUGCCGUAGCCACGUGCGCAUCAAUGAGAGGGCCCAACUGAAGCCUCCUCCACUUCUGAAAGACCGCUACAAAAUGGUCCGCUAUGAGGACAUGGUACGUGACCCACAUGGGGAGAUAAAUGACUUGUAUAAGUUUGUAGGUCUGGAAAUGACAUCACAAUUGUCUGAAUGGAUCUACAAGGUGACCCAUGGAAAAGGCAAAGGCUCCAAGACAGAGGCCUUUAAAAUCACUUCACGAGAUGCUGCUGUUGUCUCCGAGGCUUGGCGAAGCAUGUUGCCAUACAGCAAGGUCAAACGUGUCCAGGAAGUGUGUAAAGGGGCCAUGAAAUUGCUUGGGUACAGGAUGGUUAACAAUGUAAAAGAACAGAAGAGAUUUGAAUUAGAUUUACUAGUGCCACGAAAACAGUAUCAGUUCAGCUGGUUGCCAGCUAACACAAAGGAUCCAAGUAAGAGUUAAAUCAUGAGUGACAAAGACAGUAACACCAAGAGACUACAUUGGACUAAAGUUUAUAUUCUUUACGAUACAUGUGCCGGACGAUUCAGUACAGGACAUUCAGUUCAGUAGGCGACUGCCUCUGUUCGGUACACGCUGUGGCCCAAGCUAUUAGUGUCAGUACAGUGUGUUUAUUACUACUUCUCGCACGUGCAGAAGAGAAAUCCUAGAGCUCAAGUAUUUAUGGGCUGUGUAAGUCUUCAAUGGGAGCUACCACAGACUGAUUCAUAAACUGAGGAAGCACUGGCAUGAUGUCUAAGGGUGAAGCACUGUUAUACAUAAUAUAUUUCUUACAGAGGGAGGGGCAUCUCUUUUCAAAGGUAUUUGCAAUUUGGCAAUGUUGAUUUGUGUUUGUGAACCAGCGAUAGUCUUAAUUUGCAUGGCCACGCAUGCAAACGAUUUGGUUGGAAACGUAACGUAUUUUUGACCAGCACUGUAAAAUAGCUCUCUACGUUGUGUGCACAGUUUGUGAAUCCUGUGGGCUCAUUUUGGACAUCUGUGUGCAUCAGAGAGGACUUAUAUCGUGUGGAUGUGCUGCCAUCAGUCAGUGUGUACCAGAGAACUAAUGUGAAUUCACUCCAUUUGAGUUGUAUUAUGCUGAGCAUCUUGUCAGUCUAGAUAAAUAUUGUUUUGGAUAGAGAACGUGUGGCAGUGAUUAAGGAUCAAAGCAUGUAGUCAAUAGUAGAAUGUUAAAUCAUGAGCUUAAUAGUUAGUAUUCAGAUUCUCUUAGUGCUUUCUGUUAAGACAUGAUCAAUCCUCAUUUUAGAGAAAAAUGUCAAAGCAUCAAGGCAGUUUCUGACAUAAACAUAAACUUGAGCCAUUCAUUUUAUUUUGCAUGUGCAGCACAAAUGUUCUGAUUGAAACCAUGUCUACUUUCCCCUUGUACAAUGUUACAUGACCAAACAAUGUCAGUAUACGAGACAUCAACGAUGAGUGGCAAAUGACGAUGAAAGAGAGGUGUACUCUUUCCAAAUUUUUCCAAUUUGGAAACUUAAAGCUGCGCUAAUUCCAAGGCGCAGAGAAUUAUGCAUUUCCCCUCACUUUACUUUACAUAUAUAAGAAUGUCCAGAGCAUUAGUGUGUUACAAUGCCAUUUGACAUUUUGAAGUGUUGGCUGUUGUUUGGCUUCACCAGACACAGCUGGUUAAUGAGUAGCUGAUAGCAGUUUGCAGCUACUGUAUUCUAUUCCAUAAGAAAUGCUGACUGGGAUGAAAUGGUACUUUAAGCAAAAUUAAGCAUUAGAUUCAAAUUCAACAUCAUACAGUAUGUCUACUGUGUUGAAUGGGUACUUGUGAGAUCAGUCCUUGCACAAUAGGAAAGUUGAAGAAAAUGAAGAGUCUUUUCCAUCGUGACGUCGUAUUUUUAGGGGGCAGUGGCGCUGUGAGCUACCCGAGAGAGUGAAUACCAAGUAGAAUAAACAUGAAGACAGUUACUCUCCUGAUUGAAGUCACAGUAAACUUUAUUAGGAGUUCGUAUCGCUGUAGAUGAGACACAUGGAGCAGAUGGAACUGGGUGUUCACUGAGUACAGUGUUGUCUCAGUAGACAGACUGUUUUACUGCAUGCUGACCUGUUAGGUAUGCCACCAUAUGCAUUAAUCAAUAUCCAGUUAUAAUACAGUUUUUAUUGUCCUUGGUGGUAAUGACAAAAUGAAAAACACACUUGAGUGAUUUUAGGGCUCCUUUCACUACUUUAAGGGUCACAUUGGUGUCUAUGCAUGUUUCAUCCCAUUUACCACAAAUUACAUACUAUUUGAAUGGAGUUUUGAAUGUGUUUAUCUACCUGUAAGGCAAUAAUUGCUUACUUUUUGUUUGCUUUCUAAUCAGCCUACUCUUUCAGCUGCAAAAUAUAUUGUAAUAUAAUUUAAAAUAUUGUAAAGUUCUGUAUUAU